AUGGAGGACAGGAGUGUGUCCAGGGAAGUGUCGCGGUGCGAGCAGACGAAUGAAAAGGCAAUACAGCACGUGAUCCGCGCCCAAGACGCGCUGGCCGCGCUUCGCCAGCAUCACCACGCCACGGCCACGAAGGGCUCAUCCAGUUCCAGUGGCACCAGUGGUACCAGUAGCACCAGUGGCAAGAGCGGGGGGAGGCGUGGCAGUCACAGCAGUAGUGGCGAGAGUGAAGACGGUGUUGAUGUUGAUGAGGCGCAAGCCGUGGAGGUGGAGCUGCGGGCCAUUGCACAGCAGCUGGUGUCGCAGCUCAGGUGGCUGCGGCUCACCGUGUCCGACCCACGCGCAGGCGCAGCCGAGCUGAACCGCAGGCCGCGCGAAGAACACAACCCACAAGUGGAGGGCGCAGCGAACCGCGUGGCUCCCGCUGGCAACAACACCGACACCGCCGCGAGCAGCAGUGGCCAGGACAAGGUGAAGCAUGGUGACGAAAGCGAGCAGCAGCCACAGGCUGUGGCUGAGGUGCUGGAGGAGAAGGAACGCGAGGGAUGGGAGGACUUGGAAGUGAAGCGGUUGAAGCAGCUGAUUGAGCUGACAGAACGAAAUGUCGGUGGGGCGCUGGCGGCAAGUGAGCUGCUGCGCGGACAGUUGCAGCGCCUUGGCCUCGCGCCCGAUUUACGAGCAGUACAGGAGCAUCAACGCCAAGUAAAGGUGGACGAGGAAGAACAACGACAAGGGCCAGCCGCGCGAGCUCGCCACUUUAUCACCGUACCGCCGUUCCUCGAGGACUCUGCCCUCACCACCGUCGACGAAUCCCUGGUGAAGCCGUACAUCUGCCUGGUGUGCGACCGCGGGUUUGGGCGCGAUGAUCUUCUCAGGGCGCACAUGCAAGCACACCGCAACCCAGAGGCCUUUCGCUGCAACGUCAAGGGGUGUGACAGGGCGUUUGCGACGUACAAAGAGCUCCUCGCGCACGUGAAGCAGCCCCAUACCGAGGUCACGCUCGCAGCACAACCCGCAGAGCAACCGGCGAAGAAGACCACGAUGACCCGGCGGUCGGCGCGGCACUCGGGCUUGCUCGAGGCGACCCACUGCAACUGCGGCCUUACCAAGCACACCAGCAAGCACGACAAGUGCUGUGUCGAUGACGAGUGCCCAUGUGUGCUCAAAGGUGUGCUGUGCGUGGCAUGUGGCUGCCGGCACUGUCACAACAAGCGCCCAACUGUGCACAAGAGCGGGAAGGCAAAGGUCGCCAAGACGUGA